AUGUCGGCAAAUGCUUGGCCCGCAGGCGACGGCGCCUCUCACCGGUCCGGGCAGCUGUCACAGAAAGAUAUCGUCCUGGACCGACAGAUGAUCAAGCACCUACUCGGCCGAUAUGGACCAGACGAAUUAAGCCGCCUCAUCCAGGAGACUACAUGCCCUCAGUCGGAUGGUGCCUCUAUCGUGUCGUCUGCGCAAUCAUCCAUCCUAUCGGAUGACCCCUCGAGCGUCUGGGAUACCCAGAGCGUUAGGACCUUCUCGUCCGACGCAUCCUCCAUCACAGGCAGCAUCAUAUCCAAUGUUUCUCGGGGCACGUCCAAAAUCUUGGGUCGACGGAGUCAAAGCAGCAGCGCCACGGCUGCGGCUCAGGCCCAGGCAGCACAACAAGACACCACAAACCCACAGGAGGAAAUAUGGAACGACGUGCCCACAUCAUCCAACACGGCGUCCGACACUGCCUCGAGCACGACGAGCGCAUCGAAACAGAAGGGCGCUUUCAUGUGCGGCUUCUGCAAGGAGGAGGAUAUCACUAAGACGUGCACGCGGAAAAAUGAUCUGAAGCGCCAUAUCGAGGACUUCCACAACGUUAACGCCCAAUGGUUCUGCCGGCAUCGUGGUUGUCAAAUGGUUUUCGACUGGCAAGGCGCAUACAAGACGCACUUGAAGCAGGCCCACGGGGGUUCCAGAAUGUCUCUGGAUGAGGCCAAGGUCAACCUUUGCCCUCAGGUGGUCUUUGCAUGCGGCUUUGACAACUGCCUACAAGUAUAUGAGGCACAAGGCGAUUCCGACGCCAGCUCCACCUUCAAGGAGUACGUCAGCCACGUGGUGAAGCACUUCGACGAGGGCUCCAACAACGGCGAAUGGUCGUACUCGGCAAGGAUACGCAACCUGCUACGACAGAACCAGGUGCAGGCUAUUUGGAACGAAUCAGUGUGGAACGAAGCGUCGCGGGCCGCUCUUCAAUGGAAUCCUCAAACCUCGGGAAUACUGAGAAAACGACUGGAAUGCCGUCAUAUUGGCGACGUCAAAUUGCUGGUGCAGUACGCCCUCAUGCUCGGCUCGGACUCUGGUCCCAUCAAGUUCCGCGAGGAUUUUGUCACACCCGUUAUCGACACGUGUACCUUGCACAUGCCAGGCCACAAGUCACGGCAGCAGAGUGUCGCCGCCCCGGAGCCGGCUGAUCCUUUCUCUUUCAAAAUAUCGCGCGGCGCGAAUCCUGCCCUCGCCGCCUACAUGGCAUCUCAACGGAGAGUCUACGUGCCAAGACAACAGCGAGUUGUGAGGCCGCCGCAACUGCACCAUCCGCACCAGCAAGUUCCGUCGUCGAAUCCAAUGGCGAGCCACUCCCGGCUGUCCCACUCCUCCCACUCGAGCCAUCACAGUCACCAGCAGUCUCAUCACAACAGCCAGAACCACAGUUCGCUCGGGCACUUCUUUCAGGCGCCCAUGGAGUCAUCAAUAUACGACCCGAACAACAACGCCCAGGCCUUUGGGUCAAGCAGCGGUGCUAUGCAUCAAAACGGCAUAAUUGCAGACGACAUGCAGAGUUUAAGGAGCAUGGCAGCAGGGACGGCCGAAUCUCCCGAUGUGGAGAUGCAGGAUCCAGGAAUGAUGGCGGAUUUCUCGUCGCACUAUGCGCCGCACGCAGCCAGCCUCGCGAGUCCAGCAAUAUCAGGCCACACGGACGGAUUCUUUCCGCCCGGACAGGCCUAUUAA